AUGUCUGAUAUCGAAAUCCAAGAAGAUAAGCUUCCAAAAACUAAAUCUACCCUUGGGCAAUCAAUAUUUAAUUUUUGCAAUGUUUUGAUGGGCGUCGGAAUCCUUUCAUUACCUCUUGCAUUGAAAUAUACAGGAUGGGUUAUUGGGUUAUCAUUAUUAUUUUUCUGUAUGGGAGCUACAAAUUACGCUGCAAAGUUAUUGGUAAAAUGUUUAAAUUAUACAGAAGGAAUUUAUACAUAUCCUGACAUAGCUGCGAUAGCCUUUGGGAAAUUUGGGACAAUUGCUAUAUUAAUUUUAUUUUCAUUAGAGUUAAUUGCAAUAGCAAUUUCUUUGGUAAUCCUUAUCGGUGACUCUUUACAAAUAUUAUUUCCUGAUAUAUCCCUUGUAUUUCUAAAAAUUAUUGCUUGGGUGAUAUUGGUACCAUUAACAUUAGUUGAUAUUAAAUAUCUCUCAUAUUUUUCAUUACUUGGAAUAUUAUCAGCAAUAUUUUUAACAUUCGUAGUAAUAAUUAAUGGAUUUACAAUAGAUGAACAACCUGGAAGUUUAUUUAAUCCUAUGAAAACUGAAUUAUGGCCUACUGAUUUGAAUACUUUACCUCUGAGCUUUGGAUUAAUAAUAGCCGGAUUUGCAGGACAUUCAGUAUUUCCUUCAAUAUAUCUAAAUAUGAAAACACCUAGUAAAUAUUUGAAAGCAAUAAAUAUCUC